UCAAAGUGUUUAUUUUAUCAUUAUUUUGUCAAAAGUGUCGAUCUUCUGGGCGUAUUUUGAUUGAAAAAAUUAGUAAUUUUUAAAUUUAAAGAACGUUCCUAAACCUCGCCAAGUUAUAAAAUGUUGGUUCUAGUUUUGGGUGACCUACACAUACCCUAUCGCUGCAGUAGUUUGCCAGCAAAGUUUAAAAAACUCCUGGUUCCGGGUCGUAUCCAUCACAUUUUGGUUACCGGCAAUCUGUGCACCAAAGAAUCCCAUGAUUAUCUCAAAACAUUGGCCAACGAUGUUCACAUAGUACGUGGCGAUUUUGAUGAUAAUCUCUCGUACCCAGAACAAAAGGUGGUUACCGUGGGACAAUUUCGUAUUGGUUUGUGUCAUGGACAUCAGGUUGUGCCUCGAGGAGAUCCGGAAGCCUUGGCUUUGGUGCAACGUCAACUGGAUGUUGAUAUACUUAUCACCGGCCAUACAUACAAAUUCGAAGCCUAUGAACAUGGCAAUAAAUUCUACAUUAAUCCCGGUUCGGCAACGGGAGCCUUUAAUCCCCUGGACACCAAUGUAAUACCCUCGUUUGUGUUAAUGGACAUACAAAGUUCAACUGUGGUGACAUAUGUCUAUCAGCUGAUUGGUGAUGAAGUUAAAGUUGAACGUAUCGAAUAUAAGAAAAUGUGAAAUGCAUCUGUCGAUGCCGCAGCGUCUGGGGGAGAUGGGAAAGGUGAUUCAAAGAUGAGAAGGGAGUUGAAGGUAUAACAAACUCAUAAUUUAUAUGUUAUGUUUUAACUGCUCGCUCUGUAUGACGUUGUAUAAUGAUGCAGCAUUUGGAUAUAUACGGCCUAUGUAUAUCUGUAUGAUGUGAAAAUAUAUAUACGUUUAUAUAUGUAUUUAAUAAUAUUAUAUAGUAUUUUUUUAAAUAAUAAUAAUAAUGUUUCGUCUAUAGUUGCAAACUAUAUAAAAUAAAA